GCGGGCUACUGAACAAUGGUGUUCAGUCUCUUUUCCCCGGGAAAUUAAUUCUGCAAGAUCUCCCCGUUUUUCUUCUGUUCAGUUUUUUUCCUUCCCCAACCGAUACUAUCCCCGUCACGAUGAAUGAGGACCACGAGACAUUGUUCUUUGUCACGAGCGAAAGAUUUCCCCGGCAGCGAGCGCCCGACAAACGGCUGGAUCAUGAACAUCCUGGGUACAUACCAUUGCCGUCGUACAUACAUCACGGACCACACGCGGUUAGGCACCUCCUUAUUCUCCUCCGGACGACGAUCACGUACCCAAACCCUUCGACCGGACUUGGAUACACAGCCCCUUCUCUUCUCGAGUGUCGACACACACGACCCGAUCUCACACCACCUUUAUGUUUUUCCGUUUCUCAUCAAAAGCGCAUGUCUGGAUAUCAACGAACGAACGGUUGGAUGGAUGUGGUACCCGGGGAAUGGAUUAUGGACUUCACGGUCAUUCACGUAUGGAUGGGAUCGAUGGAAUGCGAUCACCCCUUGCCCUAUCUUCGUCUUCCUCUAUCGUCAUCAAACCUGACUAGCUCGGGAUAUCCAACUCGCCAUCCAUCUUGCGAUGGUAGAGCGGGGGUUCUCGAAGCCAGCGGUCGACGAAUGAUCAACGGCACGGCAUUAUUUAUCGGAAUGGGUUCCGGCCAAUG